AUAAAUAUUAGCUGGUUUGGACAUUCAGCGUUUCACUUAAGUCUAGUGUAUUGUGGUGGACGGACGUUCAACGAAGAAGCAGCUAAAGGAAUUUCACAAAAAGCAGCAGCAUGUCGUUUCUGGUCAUUUUGCUCAUUCUCUACAUCAUCUGGGAUGUUAAUUACUUCAUACGUUGUCUUUUCACUGUGGUCGCUGGACGUCUGUUUCAGAGCAAACGAAAGGUCACUGAUAAAACGAGCAUUUACGGCCUUUGCACUUCACAAGAUGUCGACAUCUUUAUACGUCACAUGAACAACGCUCGCUACCUGCGUGAGCUGGACUUUGCGCGCUUCCAUUUCUACGCGUUGACCGGUCUCUACGAGGAGGUGCGCAAUCGCAGAGGUGGUGCUGUACAGGGUGCAUCGAGCGUACGCUAUCGCCGCACCAUACCCAUCUUCCAUCCCUAUAAAAUCCAAACAAAACUCAUUUGGUGGGAUGAGAAGGCAAUCUAUUUGGAGCAAUCAUUUGUCACCUUAUCAGAUGGUUUUGUACGUGCCGUGGCGUUAUCCAAGCAGUGCAUUACGAAUUGUGAUGUUACAGAGCUGAUGAAGACCUUCCCAGAAGCCGUUACGCAACCAGAAAUGCCAGCGGAUUUGAAAUUGUGGUUGGACUCGAUUGAGCUGUCCAGUCAGAAGCUGCGCAAGGAUAAAUAAGUGCGCAGAGUACUUUAGUUUUUAACUCAUUUUUUAACUGCUCGUUUUCUGUGUGUUUUUUUUACUUCUAUCCGCACUUAUUUGGCGGCUAGUAGGGGCAUUGCAAUAAAAUUUUUAGAUACUCAUUUCCUA